CUGCAAUUCUUUAUCCCUUAGUGCUAAUUUAUACAUUUUUAUGAUUUAUUUUUGAACAUUUUAUUUCAGAAUAAAUUACAGGUUAGGUGCCUCGUUGGCAUAUUUAUAACGAAUUUGGUGUAAUUCUGAUAUGACCGAUCGCUUUACGACUGCUCAACAUGACAAAACAUCAGAACCACUUCCACUUGAAGAAGAAUUUCAAGGUACCUCACUCGCACAGAGAAUAUGGAUUGGUAAUGUUGACUUGAAGGUGACAGAAUACACUAUGGUACAGAUUUUGAAAAAGUUCGGAUCUAUUAAACAAUUCGAUUAUCUGAUACAUAAAACUGGUCCGCUGCAAGGCCAGCCACGUGGGUUCUGUUUUGUGAGCUUUGAGAAAGAAGUGGAUGCUGCCAGGGCAAUUUUAAAGCUUAAUAACAUGAAGGUCCUGUCAAGGCGUAUUCAAGUACGAUGGGCUCAUAAUCAACCACAAGAAAAACCAGGUCCCAAGGACACCCUCAAACUACCAUCUGAUACAGAUGAUGCAACACAACCGCAAACCAAAAAACUGAAUCCCAAUUCCUCAGAGGCAAUGAUUCGAGCUAUCGAAGCAAAACUGAAUCAAAUGGAAAGAGUGAAAAGUUCUUCCUGCCCUUCUUCCAUGCAAUCGUCUUCUGGUAGUCAAUUGCAUCCAGCUUUGGCUCUUUCUAAACAAAACGCUGCAGCUGCAAAAGAAGCAUCUCACCCUUAUUAUAGAAGAAAACGUAGGCGGAGAUAAAAUUUAUCCAUCUAGUUAAAAGUUAAUCAUUUGACCUGUUUGCACAUCACUAGUAGCUGUGUUCUGAUUGUACACAUUGAUUGCUCUUAGCAUAGUUUAAGCAGGGUUGCUCCAUGUGUUUAUUUCUAAAAUCUACUUUUAGUGACUACAAGUUUUCCACUCUCAAUUAAAGCUCAUCACCCCAGGUUUAAAAAGAUUUGGCAAUAACUCCUCAUGAAUCGCAAUUUUGGCUGUGAAUUGUCGCAUAUUUCAUAUUAUAACUGAGGAAUAAUGAAAUUUUGACUAUUUGAACUGAUUUUAAACUAUUUAAAUUGGAAGUUUAUUCUUCAGUCUGAAGUACAAUUCCGGCCUCUACUUCCAUAUCAGAAAAACUCAACAGCCCUAUUUUGGGGCAUCAAGUAUCAUGUCGUAUGUAUGUUAAAAAUCAUAUGUUAUCUGUGUAAAUACAGUGACUCUCCAUGUAUUUCUUUUUUCUAUCUUACAGUUUUUAUGAAAUGAAUGCAAAAAAACACAUGUAUACAUAACUUGGUAUUCCUACUAAUGUGGUUUUAUUUGCUUUUGUAUCAUAUUUCAUAGUAUUACCAUGUUUUGAUUGCAAUGAAGAUGAGCUGUUAGUAACAUUUUUGCCGAAGCCAGCACUAGUCUGAUAUCAUCGACACAGAAGUAUGUUUCAAAUUGUUUUUGUGAACUUGAAUAUAAUUUAAACAUAAUAUUUAAUCCCAUCAUAAAUGUUACACGCUUGUGAUCAUUCAUUUAAUGAAAUUUUGAGGCUUUUUUGUUCGUUGCUGAGAGGGAUGUACAUUAAAAUAUUUUCAUUCAAAAAUAAAAUUUGACUAUGGCUGGAAUAUUUAUUUCUUUUAUAUAAUGUAGUUUUCUGUCCAUUUAUAACAAAACUAGGGAUAAUGCUAAGCUAUGCUAUCAAACUUUUUUUAACAAGUAACAGCACAAUUGCCUAUUUGUUUAGCCUGUUCUAUUCAGCUUGCUGCUCACCAAGCCUGAGUAUUUAUUGUCUUACUUAUUUUUAAUGUUUGUUUUUACAAUAG